AUGAUGUUGUCUUUGAUGAUCUCCGUCGUGUGUGGCUCGAUCAUCGAACCAAACUUUGCUGAUGGUCGAACCGUGAUCGUGCACCUAUUCGAAUGGAAAUGGACCGAUAUCGCCGAAGAAUGUGAAAGAUUCAUCGGACCCCACAAGUUCGCCGGUGUGCAGGUUUCUCCACCGAGCGAGCACCUGAUAUUCUCCACCAACCCCUAUAACCCUCCCUACCCUUACCCCUGGUGGGAGCGCUACCAGCCACUCAGCUACCAGCUCAACAGCAGGAGCGGAACAGCGGAGGAGUUCGCUGAUAUGGUGACACGGUGUCUGGCUGUAGAUGUCCGCAUCUACGUCGACGCCGUCAUUAACCACAUGGCUGGGGGUAGCUAUGACUUCCCAGGCGUUCCUUUCACUGAGAAUGAUUUCAACGUCAAACUUGGACUGUGUCCGACCGAUGAUGGCGGUAUUUAUGAUAUCAACAAUACAGUUGAAAUGCGUUACUGCAAUUUGCUUGGUCUGAGUGAUAUACACUAUGGGGAAUUGAACAACUACUAUGGACGAGACAAGGUUGUAGAAUAUCUUAAUACUAUGAUAGCCAUGGGCGUGGCAGGGUUCCGGAUUGAUGCAGCUAAACACAUGUACCCUGCUGAACUGGACGAUGUGGAAAGUCGCCUCCAUGACUGUACAUUUGGCGGCAGGCCGUACAUCUAUCAGGAGGUCAUCGACCGAUUCAGCAACGAGGCCAUUAGGCCUAUCGAGUACUUUCAAACCGGUGACGUCACCGAGUUUAAAUUCUGCGAUCAAAUGGCCUUACUCGGACGAGCCUCCGUCCCGGCUGAUCAGUUUCAAGAUUUUGGUUUCGAUCCGAGCUGGGGGAUGAUGCCGAGUGAAAACGCAAUCAUCUUCGUCGAGAACCACGACAACCAACGUAACCACGGAGGCGGAGGAGAUAUCCUGACGUUUGAAGAACCACGCGAAUACAAGAUCGGUCUCGCGUUCGGCUUGGCGUGGAAUUACGGAACUGCGCGUAUCUUCAGCGGGUAUGUUUUUGAAGACAGCGACCAGGGACCGCCGUCUGAUAGUUCAGGUAACACAGACAACGUCGUGAUCAACGCAGAAGGAUUAUGCGAUGGUGGUUGGGUUUGCGAGCAUCGCUGGAGGGCGAUACGCAACAUGGUCUGUUUCCGUAACGUUGCUGGGGAUGAGCCAGUUGAUAACUGGUGGGACAAUGGUGAUAAUUUCAUCGCCUUUUCUCGAGGCGACAAAGCCUUCUUCGCCUUGAACAACGAGAGGAUUCGGCAAUCAGAGACUCUGCAGACAGGACUACCAUCCGGGACAUACUGUGAUCUGAUCACGGGUGAGCCUACGACCAGGGGCUGCUCAGGAACAUCCGUGGUCGUCGAUGACGAUGGAUUAGCCUACAUCGAUCUGCUACCGAGUAAUAAUGAGCGAGACGCGAUGGUAGCAUUGACCAUCGCUGCUACGUCUGGUCGGUCUGAUUAUACUGGGUGUGUAGUCGAAGCGGGGGCAGUACAAUUAAAAGCUAAUUUAUUAUUGAUUGCAGUUAUUGCAAUACUGCUAUUCAUUCACUAAACAUUCACCUGAAUCACAAAAAGUUAACAUGAUCAAAGCAAGGAAUAUUAAAACUUACAAUGAAUAAUAAAAGGUGAUAAUGAAAAAGUGUUGAUGA